AUGCCCCAAGGCGAGAGGCGGUGCUGCGGAGGAUUCUGUGCGCUCCUCGUCACCGCCGGCCUCGUCGUGCUCAUCUACUGGGCCAUCUUCCAGCCCCACCACAUCCGCGCCACCGUCGACUCCGCCGUCCUCUCCAACCUCACCGUCUCCAACUCCAACGCCUCCUCAGCCGCCGCCGCGGCGGUCUCCUACGACCUCACCGUCAGCCUCCGGCUCUACAACCCCAGCGUCCGCGUCAACAUCUACUACGACGCCAUCGACGCCGAGCUCCGCUUCCGCGACGCCGUCGUCGGCCCGGCCGCCAACGACACCUCCCCGUCCGUGUUCUACCAGCGCAGGAAGACCAGCGAGGUCGUGAAGAUGGAGUUCGACUACUGGAGGCCGGGCGGCGGCGGCGGAGUCACCGUCGGCAGCGACGUCGCCCGGGAGCUGGUGAAGGAGACCAGGAGCGGGGGGGCCGUGAGCUUGGAGCUGGACGUGGACGUGCGCGUGAGGUACGUGUUCAGGAUGUUCAAGCUGCGCCUGAAGCCGAGGAUACGGUGCUCGCUCAGCAUUCCGGUCAAGACGGAGGGCCGGCACCGUGGCUUCGGUGGCGUUGUUGCCUCCGGCGACCGGUGCAGUGUCAAGUACUGA